CGGGGCUGUAGCGGGCCGGGGCGGUUGGACUGGCUGCUGACGCUCGUGGUCAUGGAGUGGGGUUCGGAGUCGGGAGCUGUGAGGCGGCACCGCAUCGGAGGGGAGCGCCGGGACGGCCCGGCGGCCGCGCCGCAACUGGAGAGGGAGGCCCUGGUGCAGGAGCCCCUGGCGGACGCGUGUGGCGGCGGCGCGAGGACGCGGAAGCGGAGUGGGGAGGGGAGCGGCAGCGCGAGCCGGGGCGCGGGUACCGGACUGUCUGAGGCGCGCGCCUCGUUGGGGCUGGCGCUUUACCUCCUCGCGCUGCGGGCACUCGUGCAGCUCUCGCUGCAGCAGCUCAUGGUGCGUGGGGCCGCUGUUGGCCACCGCGGAGAGUUCGACGCACGCCGAGCCAGGGAUUAUCUUGAGCACAUAACAUCCAUUGGCCCCAGGACUACAGGGAGUCCAGAAAAUGAGAUUCUGACAGUGCGUUACCUUUUGGAACAGAUUAAACUGAUUGAAGUUCAGAGCAACAACCUUCACAGGAUUUCAGUAGAUGUACAACGGCCCACAGGCUCCUUUAGCAUUGACUUUUUGGGAGGGUUUACAAGCUACUAUGACAACAUCACCAACGUUGUGGUAAAGCUGGAACCCAGAGGUGGAGCCCAGCAUGCUGUCCUGGCCAACUGUCAUUUUGACUCAGUGGCAAACUCACCAGGUGCCAGUGAUGAUGCAGUUAGCUGUUCAGUGAUGCUGGAAGUCCUACGUGUCUUGUCAACAUCUUCAGAAGCCUUACAUCAUGCUGUCAUAUUUCUCUUUAAUGGUGCUGAGGAAAAUGUCUUGCAAGCCAGUCAUGGUUUUAUUACCCAGCACCCGUGGGCCAGCUUGAUUCGUGCAUUUAUUAACCUGGAGGCCGCGGGUGUAGGAGGGAAAGAACUUGUAUUCCAAACAGGUCCUGAAAAUCCUUGGUUGGUCCAAGCUUAUGUUUCAGCAGCUAAACACCCUUUUGCUUCCGUGGUGGCUCAGGAGGUUUUCCAGAGUGGAAUCAUUCCUUCAGAUACUGACUUUCGUAUCUACAGGGAUUUUGGGAACAUUCCAGGAAUAGACUUAGCUUUUAUUGAGAAUGGAUACAUUUAUCACACCAAGUAUGACACAGCGGACAGAAUUCUAACAGAUUCCAUUCAGCGAGCAGGUGACAACAUUUUAGCAGUUCUUAAAUAUCUAGCUACAUCUGAUAUGUUGGCUUCUUCUUCUAAGUAUCAACAUGGAAACAUGGUCUUCUUUGAUGUGCUUGGCCUGUUUGUCAUUGCCUACCCCUCUCGUGUUGGCUUGAUAAUUAACUACAUGGUGGUAAUGGCUGUUGCUUUAUACCUGGGAAAGAAAUUAUUGCAGCCCCAAAAUAAGACUGCUGCCUAUACAAAGGACUUCUUCUGUGGACUUGGCAUCACUCUGAUAAGCUGGUUUACUAGCUUGGUUACAGUUCUCAUUAUAGCAGUGUUCAUCUCUCUUAUUGGACAGUCUCUCUCAUGGUAUAACCACUUCUACGUCUCUGUUUGUCUGUAUGGAACUGCAGCUGUUGCCAAAAUAAUAUUCAUACAUACCCUCGCAAAAAGAUUUCAUUAUGUGAAUGCCAGUGACCAGUAUCUGGGAGAAGUAUUUUUUGACGUCUCUCUGUUUGUGCACUGUGGGUUCCUUACAGCUCUCACUUACCAAGGGCUCUGCUCGGCAUUUAUUAGCGCUGUCUGGGUGGCAUUCCCGUUGCUCACAAAGCUUUGCGUGCACAAGGACUUUAGGCGGCAUGGUGCCGGAGGAAAAUUUAUUGCCUUUUACCUUUUGGGGAUGUUUAUUCCUUAUCUUUAUGCAUUGUACCUCAUCUGGGCCGUAUUUGAGAUGUUUACCCCUAUCCUUGGGAGGAGUGGUUCGGAAAUUCCACCUGAUGUUGUGCUGGCUUCUAUUUUGGCUGGUUGUACAAUGAUUCUCUCAUCCUAUUUUAUUAACUUCAUCUACCUUGCCAAAAGCACAAAAAGAACUAUGCUAACUUUAACUUUGGUAUGUACAAUUGCAUUCCUCCUUGUUUGCAGUGGAACUUUUUUCCCAUACAGCUCCAACCCUGCCAGUCCAAAGCCAAAGAGAGUGUUCCUUCAGCAUGUGACUAGAACAUUUCAUGACUUGGAUGGAAACGUAGUUAAACGAGACUCUGGAAUAUGGAUCAACGGGUUUGAUUAUACCGGAAUGUCUCACAUAACACCUCACAUUCCCGAGAUCAACGAUACCAUCCGAGCUCACUGUGAGGAGAAUGCACCCCUAUGUGGUUUCCCUUGGUAUCUUCCAGUGCACUUUCUCAUCAGGAAAAACUGGUAUCUUCCUGCCCCAGAAGUUUCUCCAAAAGAACCUGCUCAUUUCAGACUUGUAUCCAAAGAACAGACACCCUGGGAUUCUGUAAAGCUGACCUUUGAAGUAACAGGACCAAGCCAUAUGUCAUUCUACGUUCGAACCCACAAAGGGUCUACACUUUCUCAGUGGUCUCUUGGCAAUGGCACCCCAGUCACGAGUAAAGGAGGGGACUACUUUGUAUUCUAUUCCCAUGGACUCCAGGCCUCUGCAUGGCAGUUCUGGAUAGAAGUACAGGUCUUGGAAGAACAGCCUGAAGGAGUGGUCACUGUGGCCAUUGCUGCCCACUAUCUUUCUGGGGAUGACAAGAGAUCCUCCCAGCUGGAUGCUCUGAAAGAGAAGUUCCCAGAUUGGACAUUUCCCUCUGCCUGGGUGUGCACCUACAAUCUCUUUGUGUUUUAGUCUUGUGGAUGAGCUCUAAGUACAUGCCCAGUGGGAUACUCCACGUGGCACGGUUUCUCCUUGUGUUUCAUGGAUGUUGGUAUGUAAGCCAAUGAAUUAAUGAGCAUAUGUUCAAAGAGCUUUGUGGGCUAACACUCUUCAGAGCCCAGCACUGUCUGUAAUGGUUAUGCUGUGGUGUAGUGUGCAUGGCCCUUCUGACACUUGAAAAUACCAGUUUUCUGGCACUUAAGCACAUGUGGGUAUUGCCACUACCUACAUAUGUCAUUUUAUAUGACCUUACGGACGAAAGCCAACAAACCACUUUAAUAGUUGUCCCCUUAGGAUCAUGAAAGAUGCAGAAGGUACUGUAUGUAAAUCCACUGUUAAUGAGACAAAUGACAUUUCCAGUUAAAGCCCAAGACUAUUUUUUUUGUGUCAUUGGAUGGUAGGUUAAAUAUCAUUCACAGUAAUGAUUCCCCUUGAGACCUAACUCUGUAGGUCAUUAGAAAGCAACUGCGGUAAAGACUGGGGAAGAACCAUUGGGCUUUUGAGGCCCCAGCCUGUGCCAAGAGCUCUGCUUCUGCAUGCAGCCUUCAGUGUGCUUUGCAUCUCUGAAGCCCCCGUCCUCUGAUGUGGAAACCUGUGUGAGUUGGUGACUCCUGUCCUUCUGACAAGUGGUCCCUGAGCUCCAUCAUUGUAAUGCUUUUCUGUGGUUGUUUUCAAUGCCUGUUUCCCUCUGAAACAUCUCUUUUCCUCCUCUCCACACCUCACCAUUGUGAGAAGAGCAUUUGUCUAGUUACCUUUCCCUCUGAGUUUCACAGGCUCUUUUGGUUUAGAAUAUUGUUUGUGCAAGUAUAUGACGUUAACUUCCUUCUUCAGAGCACUAGUUGCCAUGGUGGCUAUUCUGGGGUGGGAGGAGAGUGGGGUUGGGAGUGGCUGGGCAUUUUAUAUUUAUUCUCAUUUUUUAGGAGUCUUCUGUUAUCCAAGGUUAAUCCUUUAGGGCAUAAUUUUAUUGAUGCACUGGGUCCUUAUUUUUGUCUGUUUUCCAGCCAGUUGAACAGAUUAGUUUCUCACUAACUUACUGUGGUCAGCAGAGCUGGCUUUCCUGAGACUUGAGGCUGUGGCUUGUACUGGAAUGUCCUUCUGUAACUGUGCUUAUAGUUGUUGGUGUUCAGAUCCUACAUGAUGGCAGCUCUAGGACUUAGAGGUACUUUUCAUGUUGAGGAAGAUGGCUCUUGGCUUCCUGGCUCCAGCAGUGGAAGAGUUUAGUUAGAGCAGUGGUAAAUUCCGCUAGCUUUCUUUUUUCCAUUAAAAAUGUAAAAAGACAAUUUUUGCAUUUAGCAAGCCUAGGCCAAAAAAAAACAUUUUAAAGAAAAGCCAUAGUAAAACAAAAAAAGUGGCACUCGGAUCUGCCUGAACAGAAGGAGCAUAGUAAGUGUGCAUUGUUGAAGAAAAUACUUCUUGAAGCUGCUAGUGCUUUCUGCCUCAUACUGCCUGCCUAAUUUGUGACUCCUUAAAAGCUGACCGAGCCCACACAGACAGCAGGGUUGCAGCCAGAGCUGAAUGGUAACAUGCUGUCAGUCACAUGCAUGGACACCGGAACCAUUGCUUUUCCUGGACUUUGUAGGAACCAUAUAGAGUUGACCCUUGAACAACACGGGGAUAUGGGGUGCUGACCACUGUGCAGUUGAAAAUUUGCAUAUAACUUUACAGUCAUACCUCUGUAUCCAAGGUUCUACAGCCAUGGAUUCAACCAACCACGGAUCAUGUAGUACUGUAAUACCCAUUUAAUGAAAAUAAUCUGUAUAAUUGGAUCUGUACCAUUCAAACCCAUGUUGUUCAAGGGUCAGCUGUAUCACUAGUCUUGGGUGCUUCACGUGUCAGGUAGUACACAUAAGGUUUGCAGUGUUUAUAAGCUUUUAUAGACUCAACAAUUGUGGAGAAAAAAACGUAUCUAAACACAUUUCAAAAUACAGGCAUAUUUUCUGUUCCUGUGGUUAAUCUGAAAUAGAUUAAUGGAAAUUAUUUAUAGGAAAAAGAAAAGCAAAAUCACAAGUAUUGAAGGACAUUACAUGAGAAACAAAUAGUUCCCUGUUGUUACUCCUUUUCAGUAAUAAUCACGGUUUUCUUUUUGCCUUUGAGUUAUUUUCCUAUGCGAACAAUUCUCUCUUGUUUUGGUUUUCUUUGGCAUUAUAAAGCUCUGAUUAUCGUACAAAUGCUCACUAGUCUCACGGCAUGCUUAAUAUUCUGGGGGACUGUUUUAAUGCCAAAAGUGGUUAAGUAAUUAUACACAAUAUUCAUGGCUCUGUUAAGAACACUGUCAGAUCAACAAUCUCUGAGAUUAAAGAACUUGUUAGUUUUUUGAGUAUCUGAUGUGAAUAACUCGUUUCUAAAAGGGUCUUUUCAAAUUCUAAUGCAUUUCUUGCAGAAUUUAAAAUGUACAGUACGGCACGUUCAGGGAAAGUAUGAAGGGUUGCGAUUUUGAAGAAAUCCUUAAAAUUUACAUUGUGUCUGACCUAAGAUGUUGCAUGAAGUAUUUCUGUUUCCACACUUUAGCAGAUGUAAAUAAGCACGACAGGACUCCUAAAAUGUCACUACUGAGGGAGCCACUACUUACGUAGCCAGACUGCUGACUCAGGAAGCUAUAGAAAAAAUGAUUAUGUCUAUUUCUUUUCACUGGUUUGCUAAGGAUUAAUUAUUGCCUUACAAUUUAACUGAAAUAAACUUUUUAACAUAUGAGUUUUAGUAUCUUUAACAGAGAAACAGAUCUUUAUUUUGUUUUCCUGUAGCCCCCAUAUUUGAAGGGUACAGAGCCUUUUAAAGCUGUUAAAAAGACCUAGAUGGCUCAUGUGGUAUCAUUGAUGUUUUAAAGGGUCAUGUGAGCAAAGAACUCAACAUGGCUUCAACUGGAAUCCAUUUUACUGUGGAAUGAAAUUGUGCAUCUGAAUUUCACAGAAAUCAAUGGCCUAUCAAUCAAUCAUUUGGUAAAUAUUGAGCUACAGCAUAUUUAGCAGUUUUAUCAUUGCCACUGGCAAAGAAAAUCACUGAAGGGCUAAUUAAUAAAUAAAGGCUAUUCUUUCAUUAAGUGAUUGAUUGAUUGAUUGAUAGGGAUAGGAGGGAGGGAAGAAAAUAUGGUCUUUCAGCCAGAGAGUAACCCACUGUGCAUUCCAAUCUUCACACAAGGAAGGGGCACCACCAGUCCCCAAACAGUGUACCACUUGUGAGCUCCCAGAGCUCUGUGCAAGUUAACUGCCCUUCCUAAGUGAAUUCCCUCCGAAUAACUUCUAUUCUUAAAUACACCUUGCCUUCUUUUAGGGCCAAUAAAGCCAAAAUGCAUC